AUGGAGAAAAUUUUUGAUGUCUUGGAACAUAUCCCUGAAUCUCUUCCUAAGGGUUGUAGUGAGGAGGGAAGGGUUACAUGGGAAGAAAUGAGGGAUCAAGACUUGAGGGUUAGGACGUAUAUUUUGGCAUCUAUGACCAAUGAGCUCCAACGUCAACAUGAACAUAUGACUGAUACUCGUAGGAUGAUUAUGAAUCUGCAAGAGCUCUAUGGGGAACAUAGUUGGAUGGUUAGAUAUGAGAUAUAUAACCAAUUAUUCAAGGAAAAUAUGGCAGAAGGUACUGAUGUGGGAGAUCACGUGCUCAAGAUGGUCAAUUUGAUUGGUCAACUUGAGGUACUGGAUUUCUACAUGGAUGUCGAGCUGCAGAUUGACCUUAUCUUCCAGUUGCUCCUAGAAUCUUUUACCCUAUUUAUUCUCAACUUUAACAUGAACAAGCUUGAGUGA